UUUUACUUCCGGGUCUUCCUGUACCGUACAGUAUUGGCAAGAGGAGAAACAGCAAGUUUAGGUUAACGCAUGUGGAUGUAGCACUUGUUGAGAGCCGUGAUGCCCCUGGAGGUCAGAUGGCCGUUCCCGCAAUGCCCCGCGUUGGCUUGGAGACUCUCCAGCGCGCUUAUCAUGGGCAUGGUGGGCUCCUACUCCUACUUUUGGACCAAGCACAUGAAUUGCUUGACCGUCCACAACCAGGAGGUUCUGCUGGAGCUGAUUGACCAGCGGCCUCCUGACACGCCCCUCAUCACGCUGUCCAAUCACCAGUCAUGCAUGGAUGACCCUCACAUCUGGGGCAUCCUGAAGCUCAGACACUUGUGGACUUUUAACAAGAUGCGAUGGACCCCAGCAGCGUCUGACAUCUGCUUCACAAGAGAGUUGCACUCUCGAUUCUUCAGCAGAGGAAAGUGUGUUCCUGUCUGCAGAGGAGAUGGCGUUUACCAGAAGGGAAUGGAUUUUGUUCUCGAUAAACUGAACAGAGGGGAGUGGGUGCACAUUUUUCCAGAAGGUAAAAUCAACAUGACUGAAGAAUUCAUGAGGUUAAAAUGGGGUGUUGGACGCCUCAUAGCAGAGUGCACCCUCAAUCCCGUCAUCCUGCCACUUUGGCACGUGGGUUUGAGUGACGUCCUGCCCAACAUGACUCCCUACAUUCCUCGGAUCGGCAAGAGAAUCACCAUCCUCGUGGGGAAACCUUUCAGCGUCAAAGACCUGGUAGAAAACCUCCGAGCUGAGGAUAAAAGCCAGGUGUUCAGGAUCAUCAGAAUAACAUCGCAAUGAAACGUGGUGUGCCUAUUGCGCACGUAGCACCCCCAGAUAACGACAUGCGCCCCCAGCCAUGUCUUGAGCCAGAGCACGGGGCUGCUGUAUUAAUUAGGCAGCGUCUUAUCAAAUGUAACCACAGAAAAAAUAAAUUGUCACACACAAACUGUGUAUUUUGACUUUAUUUUUCCAUCAUGAUUGUGUAAAUAUUUUCUAGAGUUUCCGAAAUGGUUUGGUUUCUGAUUGAUGGUCCACCUCUCGUUUCCUCCCCUCCGGUGCAGUCCAAUCUUUUUUUUUUUUAGUCUAUUUUAAGUCAAAACACUUCUUUUUAACCUCUGCGGUGGUGCGUUUCUCCGUGGAAACGGCAUUUAUGUUUCCCGCAAUGGUGCUCCAUGCCGACUCUUUUUGGAUGGCCUGAUGACCGGUGGAUACACGUGAAAAUAAGGUGGUCUUGUGUUCGGUCACUCCUUGUAAAAGCACCUCUAUUUCUGUACAAUUGAAGUUUUUCUUUCGUUUGUUGUCCAGCUGCUCCUCAGUCUUGCCCUUGCGCGUUGCCAUCUCCGCCUCCAGCUGCCCGUUGCGCACGGCACAUUUUUUACCUUGUAUGGGAAAUAAUAGGCGGUGACCUAUGCAAAUUAGGGCUCACAUGCACGGGCAUCGCAGUUGGCAUUCAUCAACCUAAGAACACCGGUGCGAACGAUUAUCCCUACUUAAGAACGUGUCGUGAAUGUGGCGCAGUUUCCAACCCACGCCUUCUUAAGUACACUUCUUAAGAAGACUUUUAAGAAGAUUUUCGUGAAUGAGGCCCAAUGUUUGUUGUUCCAUUCAGCAUCCAUUCGUCUAAUUUUUUUUUUUAACAUUCUUGAUUGUCAGGCGAGUGUAAACGAAGUCAACCUCAGAUUUGUUUGGAUUUGUGGAAACAUUUUCCAUAGGAAAUGAUGUCAAUAGAAAUACUCUGUUCCAGUGUCAAACCAUGGCCGCCAUAGAAGCUUUAUUAAGUGUCACAUUUUAACAUUAUUAACUGUCAUACAAGUGUACAAAGAAGUUAACCACUAUUAAAAGCAUCACCAAAAGUCAAAGAGAGAGCAAAACAUGCAGAGUCAAUCGCUGAACUGAUUUUUUUGUUGCAUACACUGGCGUCCGACAUUUUGUGCGACUUUAGUCUUUUUUUUCCUUAACAUUUUGGUGAAAUUCGAAAUUGUACAUUGCCCAGGGCAUUGUCUUUAGAGCAGCGGUGUCCAAAGUGCAGCCCUCAGCUUGUUUUUUUUUUUUUUUAUUAGCCCUUAACACAUUCCAAAUAUACAAUUAAGCUAAAAAUGGAAAUGUUAUAUUCGCACUUAUAAAACGAUUCCUUAUAGCCGAAUACAAUGUGCUUUUUUAAUAGCCUUCUCGGGUUCUAUAUGAUGUCUUUCUGGUUUCCUGACAUGAUGUUCGAUAAUGAUAUGUUGUAACAGAGUCCUUCAUCUACAAGUCCCCCAUAUGCUCAUCUCCUGAUUCAAAUGGCCUUUUGUGUUUAGGCAACUUAGCCUCUCGUUUUAGAUUAGUCCUCCCCUCACAUAUGAACAUCCUAUAUAGCAGGGCCCCUCAAUAGGCAGCCACUUAUUUGUGGCCCCUAAACUGUUAUUCCUUCACUAUAUGUUUUGUUUGGGUCAGCGCACGUAUACCGGGACUUGUCUCCAUGCCAACGAUACACAGACAGCCUGUUACUGCAUCAAACAGAGGUCACUGCUGUGUGUAAUUUUUAAGUUUCACUUUCGUUUUUGGAGCAGUUCACAUGUUGACACUUCCGCAACUGUCGGAGCCUCGAUUGCACGAAAACGGCGUGUUCCAAGUCUGCUGAAAAGUGGACGGCGAAAAUUGUAAUGGAAAGAAAAUUUGACUCAAACAUUUGCAUUCAUUCCAGGAGAUGAUGGCUGUGAUGCAGACUGUGUCCACUUUCAAAUGCCAUUAGGAUAGGAUUUUUAAGAGACGUUUUCUUAGAAUUCAGAGGAAAGAACAACAAAACUAAGCACACUAAGGUUGUAAUAGCAAGCCUGUUGCCGGAAAGUCAGUUGGGAUAGGCUCCAGCAUGCCCCCGCGACCCUAAAAGAGGAGAAGCGGUAUAGAAAAUGGAUGGAUGGAUGGAAGCUGUUGGGCCCUAUAAUUUCCACAUUAACAGAAUUGCCGAAUUGGCCAAUGAAAACUAAAUCUACUGUUAAACACGGAAUCUUGCAGAAAUUGACAAUGUGAAUGACAUGCUGUCAUCAUGAGGAGAAGGAACGUUUGUGGGGGGAAAAUAUUUCCCCAGCGGACCACUCAUUCAUGGCGUAUUUGCUUACAAACACUAACCCGACCCCUCCCAAAUUAAACAUGGUGAAAUAACCACCUGAGACAGCAGAAAAGCCGGCGAAAAACUUAGAACCUCAUCUCUUACUCGUCACCGAGCAUGACUGGAAGCUGGCUGUGUUAGCUUAGUUUCGCAGAGCGUGUUAGUGCGGCUAUAUGUGUGCGACUCAGACUGUAUGAGUGCAUUUACACCGUGUUGUGUUUUACCGCUUGUUAAUAAAGUGAUCGUACUUAUAAUGCUCUGUUGAUGGUGUUUGUGUGGUAAGAUAAGUUAAAAAGGUUGAAGCUGUGUAUUUUGAGUACCCCUGGGUCACUUGAAAAAAAACACAUUGGGCCCCCUUGUAAUUGUCCUAACUUUCAUAAUGUGAUGAGAUAAAGGUGACAUGUUGAUACUGAUAACUAGUAAAACACACCCCUCACCCCCACACACAAAAAUACAAACAUAAAGAUGGCCUAAGUGUACUUGGAAAACGGUUGGACGCCCCCGCUUUUGAGGUUCCACUCUCCUGUGUUGGCAGAUGUCACAUGUAUGCAGGAAAUCUUCAUGCC